UUAGUUCAGUUUAUGGUUCAAUUGAGUUCAUAGGUUAGCCAGUUCUAUGUUCAAGAGGCCCCACUAAUGAAACAUCUUUCUCACGUUGUUCCUAACGAGUUGACUCAUAAAUAAACACGGUAAUGUUUCACACCGAUGUUAUAACCUUCACGAUUGAUAACCUUUCAUCUCUUAUUUCAAACUGUGUUACAGUGAAAAGCUUGAAGCAUGCCAAAGCCUUGCACUCUCACCUUAUCAAAACAGCGUUUUUCCUUGACGUUUUUCUCGCCAAUGGACUAAUCGAUUUGUAUUCCAAAUGUGGCUGUGUAGAGAGUACCCACAAAGCCUUUGACGAUCUUCCCAUCAAAACAACACGUUCGUGGAACACGCUUCUCUCUUUUUACUGCAAAAAAGGAGCUUUCAAUGAAGCUUAUAAACUGUUUGAUAAAAUGCCGCAAAAAAACCUCGUUAGUUAUAACUCGUUUAUAUCCGGUUUAACACGUCAUGGGUCUUAUGAAGAAGCAGUUAAAUUCUUUAGGAUGAUGCAAAAGGGUUGUGGAGGUUUGGUGUUAGAUGAGUUCACGCUUGGUAGCAUAGUGGGUAGUUGUUCUUGUUUGGGUAAUGUUAAAUGGUUGCGGCAGGUUCAUGGGGUGGCAGUUAUAGUUGGAUUUCACUCCAAUGUGAUUCUCAACAAUGCUUUGAUUGAUGCUUAUGGAAAAUGUGGAGAACCCCAUGCUUCUUUUCGUAUUUUUCGCUCGAUGUUAGAGAAAGAUGUUGUGUCUUGGACAUCAAUGGUUGUUACAUACAGUCGAGCAUCGAGAAUAGAGGAUGCAUGUAAGGUGUUUGAUGAAAUGCGAAUUAAGAACAUGGUUUCUUGGACUGCUUUGAUAACAGGUUUUGUGAAAAAUGGACGUUGUUGCGAAGCUUUGGAAGUUUUUCGCGGAAUGAUUGAAGAAGGGGUAAUGCCUAGUGCACAAACUUUUGUAAGUGUUUUAGAUGCUUGUGCAAGUGAGGCUCUUAUAGGAAAAGGGAAACAGGUUCAUUGUCAAAUUAUUAGAGGUAGAAGUAGUGGCAACUUGUUUAAUGUGUAUGUAUGUAAUGCUUUGAUUGACAUGUAUGCAAAGUGUGGAGAUAUGAAAUCAGCUGAAAAUUUGUUUGAGAUGAUGAUUCAUGUGAGGGAUGUUGUGUCUUGGAAUACAUUAAUAAAUGGAUUUGCACAAAAUGGUUGCGGCGAAGAUUCGUUGGUUGUUUUUAACAGAAUGGUAGAAGCCAACAUAGAACCAAAUCACGUGACAUUUCUUGGACUACUUUCUGCUUGCAAUCACGCAGGUUUAGUUAACGAAGGGUUAGAGUUGCUUGAUUCAAUGGAAAGGCGAUACGGAGUGAAGGCACAAAGUGAUCACUAUGCGUUAUUAAUUGAUUUGCUUGGAAGGAAAAAUAAGCUUAAAGAAGCCAUGUGUUUGAUUGAGAAAGUGUCAUAUGGAACCAAAAAUCACAUUGCAAUGUGGGGUGCAUUGUUGGGUUCUUGUAGAGUUCAUGGGAACUUGGAUCUUGCUAGAAAAGCUGCAGAAGCUUUGUUUGAGUUAGAACCUGAAAACACUGGUAGAUAUGUUAUGUUGUCUAACAUUUAUGCUGCUUCUGGUAGAUGGGGCGAUGCUAACAAUAUUAGAAAUGUAAUGAAGGAGAGGGGUUUGAAGAAAGAACCAGCUUGUAGUUGGAUUGAGUUGAAGAAUUCAAAGCACGAGUUUGUGGCCAAGGCCAAGUCUCAUCCACAGAUUGAUGAGAUAUAUGAAGUAAACAGUAAAUUAGUGCAGCAUUUGAUGGAUGUUGGAUAUCAACCAUGCCUUAGUUACCCUUCUCUUCUUGAUGAGGAUGAUGAUUUCUACUUUAGUUAGCCAUUACAGAUGCAUUGAUCUGUAAGUUACUCCACUAAUUUCUUAUUUUUGUGAAAUAAUUUUUAUAUUUAUAUUUUUGUAUUGAUUGAUAAGAAAAUAAAAAUGUUGAAUUCUUUGUUACAUGUCAAUUCAUGGAUCAAUUACGUAAUCAUGUGAAUGCCUGGUUGUUGCCCGGAUGCUAUCUGUUGUAUGGCUCAAGUACAGUGUUAAAAGAGUAAGGGUCGUUGCAUUAUCGUCUAGAUGCAUUGAAAAAUAAGCAAGAGUUCCUGGCUUUUUAUGAACUAAUUUGGGUAAAGAAGUUUGUUCACCUCGUUUUAGAACAUGGAAUAUAGGCACAUUUACUGGAAAAUUUAUGGAAAUAAUGGUCGUCAUGGUUAAUAGGAAGAUCAAUUUCACGAGCUUACAAAAAAUUAAGUGGGCGGGAGAAAAUGCGAAUGAAUUAGACAACUUGGAUUUUAAGCUUUGGUACACCAGCAAAGUAAAUUCUAAAAAUGAGAUGGGGAUUAGUGUAGACAAUGAGUGAAAGAAGGAUAAUGUGGAUGUGAAAAGAGUAGGACAAUGGAUCAUAGGCUUGAAAUUUGUAAUGGAACAAGACACUUUUAAUGUUAUUAGUGCUUACGCACCGUAGAUUGGGUGAAGAACAACUUAAAGUAAAAAUUUGUGAGGAUUUAGAAAGCUUAUUUCACAAUAUAUCUUAAGGAGAGAAGAUUUUUCUAGGAAGGGGUCUCAAUGGACAGGUCGGGAGUGUAACAAGAGGUUUUGAGGGCAUGCAUGAGAGGUAAUGAUCUCGGGGAGGUGAAUAUAGAGGGUAAAUCCAUCCUGAAGUUUUCGUCGGCUUUUGAUCUUUCAACAACUAAUAUCUACUUUAGGAAAAAAAUAUGAGCAUCUUAUUACAUAUAAAAUUGAGACGACAUGUUCUCAAAUAAAUUUAUUUUUUAUUAGGAAGUCAAAUAGGAAGAUUUACUUGAACUGUAAAGUUAUAUCGGAAGAGAGCUUAAUUACCUAAUAGACAGUUUUGGUUAUGGAUAUAACAAUCAAGAGGAGAGCUAAUAUAAGAAAUCAUACGGGAGCUCCAUAGAUCAAUAGGUAGCAUUUGAAGGGUGAAAAACGAGUUUUGAGCACAAGAUCUUGGAGGGAGGGGGUUUAGACAACCACAAGGAAGUCCAAAUGAUAUGUGGAACAUGAUGGUCAAAGAGAUUAGAAAAAUAUCAAAAUAGACGUUGGGAGAAUCAAGAGGUUUUUAACCUAGGAGUAAAGAAUCAUGGUGGUGGAAUGAAAGUGUUCAAAGUAAAGUUAGACUUAAAAUUGAAUGUUUUAAAGAGUGGUCCAAGUGUAAAAAUGCCGAAAGUUGGGAAAAAUAUAUGAAAACUAAGAAAGAGACUAAGAAUGCAGUGAAUAAAGCAAAAACCCAAACUUUUUAUACGAAUAUUUAAGAAUCAA